CGCACGUGUUCGCCAAUCUACCUUGACGGAGGUGAAGAGAGAGGCGGAUGGCGGCGCUCGACGUCGUUUGUACUCGGCCAAAAAACUGAGCCUGACUCGUCAGUCUUCUUACAGAAAUCAGACGAUAAAACCACGUAACGACACAGCGCAAUAACUCGGUCGAAAUGUCCCAUUCAUCACCCAAUCUUUGGCUAGUUGUCCCAUUGUUGUAUCUGGCUACGCAGUUGGUCGACGGAAAUCCCGGAUCUUACGCCUAUCCAAAACCUCAUUAUGUUUCUCACGGCGGAUCACAACCUUACCUGCCGGCACCGAGCGGAAAGAGGCCAUCGUGCGCUGGACCUUGGGACACUUUUUGCACUCAAAUAGAAUAUUACCCAACGGAAGUUAUUGAAUAUCUAGUGAAACGUUACAGCUUCGACUUCAAAACACUUUUGCAAGAUGAAUCGAUGAACACCAUGACUUUAAUGACAACCAACAUUACCGCUCCGCAAAUACACACUACACAAUACCCAACUGUUGUUGCAAAACAACCCUACGCUGGACCUUACAUCAAUAGUAAAAUUGAGCACGAUCAUUGGUGGCCAAGGUACGUUCGGGUAGCGCCAAGGCACCAACAAUCGGUGUCGGGCAAUACUCGAGUAACUCGUCAGGUUUCCAACGAGGAAAAGUUGUGCCCAACAACAUCUUCUUUCAUUGCGCCACGGACGGCUGUCAACACCCGUGGAAAUUGGAUGUACGUAGUUAAUUUGGAGGGGGCUGAUCAACAGAACACUCAGCUUGUCCGGACCGAGAGAUGCGCGACAACAGAAUGUUCAGGGCUAUGCCAAGUACCGGCUGGAUUCAGCUCCAGAUGUACUCAGCAAUUUGUACAGAAGAGACUCGUGGCACUGAAUGGAAAUGGGGAGAGUCUCUACACAGACACUUUCUGGUUCCCUCAUUGUUGCAUCUGUCAGAUUACAUCCAAUGUUUGAUGUGAAUGCUCAUUCACAACAUCUCCAUUGGCCUUAUUUAUUCUGGACCAACAGAUCCAACACUUCACUUCCAAAUAGUUAAAAAUCACAAACUGUACACGAGCUAUUCUCAAACAGCAAUAUGUCACGAGCUAGAAUCAAUAUAUUCCAUAUUGACACUUUG